CGACAUUUCGUUUUCUGUGUAAUUGUAUUCGUGCUAUGAGCCAUAAAAAAAUUUGCGGAAGGUUUUUUUGUGUGUUUUAAAUUUCAGCUAAAAGAAAUUCCACGCAAAUUUCGAUUUGUUAAUAACAGAAAAAGCCCUUCAGAAAAUAAGACAUUUUUCCUCAAAGGAAAAUAUUUUCUAUGGAUGCGAUAAAAGCAAAAGAAAACACACUAGUGUGAAUUUGCUAAAAAGAAGAAAAGAAAAAACCAAAAGUGAUUUUUUUCUCUUCUCCCAUCAGCAGUCUUUCAAUAAGUUCGGAUGAAAUUUCAUUGAACUGCUUUGAAAUUAAAAAAAAACAAAGGCAAGUUACAGACGAUAGACGAAAGAAAAAUAUACACAACCACAACUAAAUAAAAAAACAACGAAUAAAGACGUCGUGAAGAAGAAGCAGCAUUCAAGUAAAAAAAAUAGUCGAACAGCAAACAACAAAAAAGAAACAAUUUUUGGUUGAAUAAAAUUCAACCAAAAUAUUAAGAAAUACUUAUUUGUAAAUUUUAAAAACAAUUAAAAACCUAAUAGAAAGUAUUCAGAAAAAGAUUUUUAAGUUGGUGGCUACUGAAAAUUACAAUACGAAAAAGUUAUAAAGAAAAAGUUGAGGUUGUGUUUGUGUGUGUCAGUGUUUGUGUCGAAGAAGAGGAAGAAACAUAAGUAAGUGUGUGUUUGUGUGUUGCAAUCAAUUGGACAAGCAACACCAAUCAACUAAAAAAAGAAGAAAAACGUUGAAAAAGUAACAAAAUCAAAGACCAAUCGACCCGACCCGAUCGACCAGCAACUACUCCAACACAACUUCUAAAAGAUCUAAAAACAACUCCACAGGAAUAAGGCCACUUGCCAUUGUUUUGAAAUCUUGGAAUAACGAGCAGUUUUUGGUAAAGUGUUGAAGGAAUUGGGUAAAAAACGUGCAAAAUUUAUGGUGAUUUUCCUAAGUUAUUUAUGGAAAUCCAUUUGGUGUAUUAGUUAACAGACGCCGUUUUUGUGCCAUUUUUUCUUCUUCGUGAUAGCCAGCCAGCCUGCGCCUGCUCUCAGUAAAUUCCUUUAAUAUCGAAAACAUUGGAACAAACAAACCAACAAACAGAAAAAUAGUGAAUCUAAAUCCACAGAACCCAUUUAAUGUGUGUUUUGUUUUGUUGUGUCUUGCAAACAAAAUAACAAAAACCAAACCACAAAAAAAAAAAAGAAAAGAAAAAACAUCAACCAAGAUAUUGUUGUGUUUGCCAAAUCAGCCUUUAAAUUUCAAGGUUGACCAGAGCCGCAGAACAAACAACUCAACGGAAUUGUAUUUUUGAGCCUAACAAGACAUUGGUGACAACUUUAUAAUACCACUUACUGCCUGUGUUGUGCUAAUCACUGUUAUUAGCAAAUAUUGGGCAGUUGGAUUCAUAACGUUUAUAACGUUCCAUUUUUUGCCGCUUUGGAAUGUUAGAUGCGGUGAACUGUUUUUAUGGUCGUAGCAGUAGAAGCAGCAAAAGCUCAAGUAUUACAAGUCGUUUGAAAACAACAAAAGCAACAAUACAUUCGGAACAAGAAUUCACAACAGAUUAUUUGGAUUAUGGCGAAUUUAAAUUUUCAACAACCCCCAAGAAGCAUAGCAAAUGCAUCUCUAACGGGCAGAACUACAGGCGGUUUUGGUGGUAGUUCAUUAUCCGGUCAUGUAACACCCACGUCAGGCAUGUUUCCCAGUGGAGCGAAUUACGGACAAACGCAACCUCAAUUAUCACCGAAUCGUAAUGCUCAGCUGUCGGUCGGUGGUCCUGCGUUAACAAGUGGUAAUCGUGCAAAUGUUUUUAACCAGCGUCCAUAUGUGGAAAGACGUAUGCAAGGUCUAGGUCAGGGGCCUAUGUCGAACAUGGGCAACUUUAUGCAAAGUCGUGGUGGUUACGGUACGACUGGUAGUGGUGGUGGAGGUGGUGGCGGUGCCGCUGGUGGACCUCUCAAUAAUUUCCAUAAUGUUUUUGGUGGCAGUGGGGAUACAACAACGCCGGCCCUGCUCGAUCCUUCAGAAUUUCCAUCUCUGACAAAUGCUCGCGGCCAGAAUGAUCAAUCACUGCCUCAGACGAAUCCCCUCCAGCCGCCGGGAAGCAAACCUUAUGGUAAUUUCUUUACCUCUUUUGGCAUGGUAAAACAACCAACAUCAGAGCAAUCGGAAUUCACGAUGUCUAAUGAAGAUUUCCCUGCGUUACCGGGCACUCAAAACUCGGAUGGUACAACGAAUGCGGGAAGUGGUCUAACAGAUAGUAAUAAUUUGGAUGGUACGGAUAAGACAAUGAAUUCAAUUGUAGCCAACAGUGGGUUGGGAGCUGUGGGUAGUGGUGCGGUAGGAUCAGGCUCAUCAGUUGGUGGUGGUGUCAUUGGUGGUAGUAGUGGACAAGGAGGUGUCGGUGUAGUUGGUGGUGGUGUUGGUGUUGGAGCGCCUGUUAGUACAGCAGGUGGCAAUUUUGGCAGUGGUAUUGGUGGUAUUGUUAGCUCUGGUGGUGUGAGUAGUUCAGCACCCAGUGGUAGUGGUACAACAUCUGGCAUUAGUGGUAUGGGUAAUAGUGGUAGCAUUGAACAACAACAACAACAGCAGCAGCAACAACAACAACAGCAACAACAACAUCCGAAUGAUAAUUCCAGCGAUAACAAAUUGAUGAAAACCGGCGUGCAAACAUCUCCCGAUGGCAAAGUCACAAAUAUACCGGCGAGUAUGGUGAAUAAUCAAUUUGGUAUGGUGGGUUUAUUAACGUUCAUGCGUGCCGCUGAAUCCGAUCCAAAUUUGGUUACAUUAGCCUCAGGCAUUGAUUUAACUGGUUUAGGUUUAAAUCUCAAUUCCCAAGAAAGUUUACAUCCAACGUUUGCUGGACCGUUUGCGGAUCAUCCCUGCAGAGCACAAGAUGUUGAAUGUAAUGUGCCACCUGAAUAUUUGAUAAACUUCGCGAUAAGAGAUAAACUUUCCUCGCCACAUUUAAAAAAACUGCAAGAAGAUCUGCUUUUUUUCCUGUUCUAUACAAAUAUCGGCGAUAUCAUGCAGCUUAUGGCAGCCGCAGAAUUACAUAGUCGCGAAUGGAGAUAUCAUAUAGAGGAAAAAAUCUGGAUAACUCGAAUUCCUGGCCCCAAUCAAUAUGAGAAAAAUGGUACAAAAGAACGUGGCACCUUUUACUAUUUCGAUGCGCAGAGUUGGAAACGUUUGUCCAAGGUUUUCCAAAUCGAUCCCGAGAAAUUAGAUAAAUGCCCCAAUUUAAGUGCGUUUAUGAACAUAAAUGGACAGUCUGUAUAAUAUUAAUAAAAAAAAAAUCUUAAAAAAAACACGAAAAAAA